AUGCUUUGCAGAAAUGAUCUACCGCUACUGUUCCGUAGCGAUUACGUAGUAUGUGAGAAGAGUGAUGGUAUCAGAGCUCUUCUACUAGCCGCAUCAGGUGCAAUUUACCUGAUAGGCAGAGAUGAAGAGGUAUACCAUGUCCCAAUAAGGCUACCGGUCCGUGGUAACGCUUCGGAGUCACAACAGUUGACACUACUGGAUGGUGAAAUAGUGAUCGAUACUGUAGAAAUCGAUGGAGUGCAAUGUCAACAGCCACGAUUCAUGUGUUACGAUGGCAUAUACGUACAACGAAGGUCACUCAGGGAGCUAAAUUUUCUUGAAAGACUUUCGAUUGUAUAUACAGAUAUAAUACAGCCAUAUGCAAAAUCACUCAAAAACCAAUCGUACGUGGGAAAGAAUUCAGAAACUAAUAGCAAAACGAAUACGCCGCCUCUAGCUAUAUAUUUAAAGGAUUUCUUCGACAUAUCGCAUAUAUUACAUAUCGAAGAGUUCGCACAACAACUGCCACAUGUAAGCGAUGGGCUUAUAUUUACACCAGUCAGGUUGCCAUAUAUGCCUGGAACGUGUAAUAAGCUACUGAAGUGGAAACCUCCUCAUCUUAACACCGUGGACUUCAGCGUAGACGUACUAUAUGACGAACAUAGGUCACCCCGAUUGGUGGAGUUGUUUGUAAUGUUAAAGGGGACGCGGGUAUUCUACAACGAAUAUCUAGCACCAUAUGGUGAAGUAUAUCGACAUAUUUUGUCCAUGGCAAUAAGAAGCAAAGUUACACAACUUAUCGUAGAAUGUUCGUGGAUUACAGAUUCCAGGGUGUGGACUUUUAUUCCCAAAGUACGUGCAAAACGCGAAAAUACACAUGUUACCAGUGUUAAUGAUGGAAAAGCAGAUUACGACUUUGACAAUGGGACGUGGAUUCAAGGGGGAUGGUAUGCAGAACGUAUACGUGUCGACAAAAAACUACCAAACAGCUUAUCGGUAGUAGAUAGUGUCAAGUCAAGUAUCGAAGAUGAUAUCACACUUGAGAUGUUACUACAGGAGUUUGAUCUUUUCAAUAAGAAUGGGAAAAUACCGCUGUAUCAAAAAUGCAUAAUGCCUAAAGGGUAUUCAAGUGUGUAA